GGACAGUGUACACAUGGCCGUAGUCUUCACUAUAGCCUGAGUUGCUGCUUCUUUCCGUCAGAUACCAUACGUCUGUCAUUUCCUCGUCUGUGAUAUCCGCCAUGUCCAUCCCAAAGAACGCUCACGUCUCUACGCACCCAUGCUUGCAGGCCAAGCUCUCACAGCUGCGCUCAGCGUCGACAGGGUGCCGAGAUGUACAAACACUGGUGCACGAGAUUGCUCUGAUGGUCGGCUAUGAAGCUCUAGGUUCAGCUCUAAAAGCACAAGAAGAAGGCACAGACAAAUCGCCCCUCGGCUACUCAUACACCACCACAACCACCUCUCCCACCCCGUCCCGCAUCUCCCUGGUCCCCAUCCUGCGCUCCGGGCUCUCCAUGGUCCCCGCACUCUCCUCUCUCCUCCCUGCCCCCGUACCCAUCCACCACCUAGGUCUCUUCCGCGAAAAAACCACCCUGCAGCCCGUCGAAUACUACAACAACCUGCCCUACCACUCCCCGACCUCGCAGCACGCGGGCGGCCCCGCCGACCUUGCCAUCGUCGUCGACCCCAUCAUUGCCACGGGCGCCACGGCGUGCGCGGCGAUUGAUAGUCUGAGGGAGCAUGGUGUGAAGAGGAUCGUGGUUGUGGGCGUGCUGGCGACGGAGGAGGGGUUGGCGGCUGCGUGUGGGGAGUGGGAGGAGGGGGUGGAGGUGUGGGUUGGUGGGUGUGAUAAGGGCGUGGAUGAGAAAGGCAUGAUUAAGCCGGGACUGGGGGAUAUUGGGGAUCGAUUGUUUUUGACGCUUGGGAAAUGAGUAGGUGUUGAGGCGGGGUACUGGUGGGUGAAGCAUGGGGUGGUUUGUGUGGGAGGUGUGGAGAGGACGGAAUCUUCAUACACGUUCAUACAACACAACAUCAACAGCAGUUCAUACAACACAACAUCAACAGCAAUAACGAACCCACGCUCCAUACUCACUUGCCAAUCUGAUAUCCCCAACAUCGACGACCAUGGACACCCCAGCCUGGCACGUGUUAUGGACGACUCGAAC